CGUAUAUUCAAAGAAAUGGACCCACUUACAGUUACGAUAUUGGCGCUGUUUCCAUCUCUCUCUCUCCUCUAUUUAUAUCACCUUAUCGCAAAAUUUGAUCCCAAAAUUCAUCGUAAUCCUAGUUUCAUCUUCAGUACAGGUUAAGGUGAGGGGUAUCUUUGGUUGCAAAGAUGGCGUUUACCAUGAAACAGAUGGCUCUCAUUACUUCCUUUUUUGGUGCCUUCUCCUUCAUAUGCGGUGUUAUUGCUGAAAACAAGAAGCCUGCAGCAGGAACACCAAUUCCUGGGAAGGGUGUGGUUAUCUGCAAGUAUCCCUCUGAUCCAACAGUUGUUCUCGGUUAUAUAUCAUUUGCUGCACUGAUAGUAUCUACUGUUAUUGGGCACAUGUCGAUAUUUUACCCAUAUAAUAAGAGGGCUAUUCCAUCUGGCGCCCUCUUCCGUAGCAAAACCAUGUUCGUCUUUUUUAACAUCGCUUGGGUAACUGCUGGGUUAGCUGCUGCAUUGCUCCUGUGGCCAACAAUUACUGAGCAAUUCCAUUUAAGCCGUACUGUACAUCACAACCCUGACUAUGCCUGUCCUACUGCUAAGACCGGGGUCCUUGGUGGUGGUGCCUUUGUGUCCCUUGACUCAUGCCUCUUUUGGUUGAUAUGCCUCAUGCUGGCUAACAAUGCUCGAAGUGAUUACUUUGAGGAGGUUGAAGAUUCUCAAAAGGGGGGGAGUGCCCAAGUUAUUAAUCUUGACAUCAACCCUAUUGGUCCAGAGGCCUUGAAGCAUACCAACGUCGCAUAGUGGCGUAUUAUAUGUGAAUGAAACUCUUUGGUUACAAUCCUUUUAGAAGAACUUGAUUUGGCAAAAUCAUGAAAUAAAUAUAUUGUUGCUAGAUUGUGGACACAUCAUUGGUUUUUCUUGUAUAUAGGUUUACGCGACUUUGUAUUGCUCUUUCACAAGAAGAGAAAAUUAUAUUGGUGUGAAAAAGUUUCUUGUCUAUUAAUUUCAUUGCAAAACUAGACAAAUCUGGUCAAAACAGAA